AUGGAGACGACUGUGUUUGUCAAUGGGCGCAUCUUCACCCCCAGCAAUGGCGAGGAAGCCGACUUCAAAGAGGCCAUGGUUAUCGCCGGCGACAAAAUUAGCCAUGUUGGCUGCCAGGACGACGAAGCAGUCCGGCAAGCCCUUUUGUCGGGCGCCAGGCGGGUCGACCUCCGGAAUAAAGUGGUCGUCCCCGGCUUCAUCGACAGCCACAUGCAUAUCCUAGACUUUGCCUUGUCGCAACGCAAGCUAAGCCUCCUGCACUGCAAAUCUCUGGCAGAGAUUCGGUCCUCAAUCAAAGAAUAUGCGAAAAACAACCCCUCUGCACCACGCAUCCUAUGCAAGGGUUGGAUCCAAUCUACAACGGAUGGCGAGGCCCGGGCUGCCUGGCUGGAUGAUCUCGAUCCGCGACCGAUUUACAUCCAGGCCAACGACAUGCAUUCCGGCUGGGCCAGUACGGCAGCAAUGGAGGAAAUUGGAAUUCCCUCCAUGGCUGACCCUCCUGGCGGGAAGAUUCACCGUGACGCAGAUGGAAGACCGACGGGCCUUCUGAGCGAGGCUGCGCAUCUCGACGUGGCUAAUCCGUGGUUGAACGCGGCGACCCCCGUGUCGCAGAAGCUCCAGGCGCUGGAAGAUGCCGUGGCGGAAUACACUGCAGCGGGGUAUACUGGGAUGAUUGAUAUGGCGAUGGAGGAGACGCAGUGGACGGUCCUCGAGACCUUCCGCCAGCAGUAUGGAGACAAGUUCCCCUUCCACAUCGCUGCGCAUUGGAUCAUCCCGUACUCGAAGGACGCAUCAGUGGUCCAGGGGCAUCUUCAGAAGGCCAUUGAAAUGAACGAGAAACACCAUCCAUCCAAAUCGCCCAAGUUCUGUAUUGUCGGGAUUAAACUGAUAUGUGAUGGUGUCGUGGAUGGCUGCACUGCUGCCCUCUUCCAACCGUAUACAGGAGCCAAGGAUCCCGUGGAUCCUAUAUGGCCCGAGGACGAGCUGGGGCGGGUAGCUAGGAUGGCCGACGAGGCUGGACUGCAAUGUGCGAUCCACGCCAUUGGGGACAAAGCUGUCCAUCAGGCCGUAAAUGUCUUGUCAGGACUAACGCCUGGACGUCGCCACCGCAUCGAGCACUUGGAAUUGACCUCACCCGAAGAUGCAAAACGACUGGGCCAGCUGGGCAUCACUGCCUCAGUCCAACCAGUACAUUCCGAUCCUGCCCUUUUCAAAGGGUGGCCGAGUCUGGUCGGGCCGCACCGCUGCAACCGCGCGUUUGCGUAUCGCGAGUUUCUCGAAGGCGGUGCUCCCAUGGCGCUUGGGUCGGACGCUCCCACGGCAGCUCAUCUUGCGCUACCGAAUCUGUAUAACGCGACGACGCGCAGGUCGGCGAUUGAGCCAGAGAGUACCGAGACGGUGAACGAGCAAUUCAAGCUGUCCCUGGCUGCCGCAGUCACGGCGGCCACGAGGGGUGCCGCAUACUCGAGGCAUGCGGAUUCCUGGACGGGCAGUCUUGUCCCUGGCCAUCAGGCGGACUUUGUAUUGUUGGAUAUGGAGUGGGAUCCGUACAAGUUGCUGCAGGCCAAGGUACACCAGACUUGGAGCAGUGGGGCGAAGGUAUUUGACGCGGAGCAGAACAAGAAAAUUUCUAUGAUGGAGUAG